AUGGGCCACUUGAUGCCAUACUUCCGGCUCGCCGUGAUGCUGGCCAAGCGAAACUGUGUGGUCACGCUCGUCACUGCUCAACCCACUGUGUCCGCCGCUGAGUCGGACCACAUAUCCUCGUUCCUUCACCAUAAUCCCGAAAUUAAUCACCUCGAACUCCAGCUCACUCCUAGCUCCCAGCAAGCCGAUUCCGCCCCUGUCGACCCUUUCUUUCUCCAAUUCGAUCUCAUCAGUCAGUCGAUCCAUCUCCUCGGUCCUCUGUUAUCUUCAUCGUCCCUGCCUCUUUCCGCUAUGUUUGUGGACUUCGUUCUACUUGCCAAGACUGCUCCAAUUGCCAAGGACCUCCACAUCCCUAUGUAUGCCGUUUCCACCACCUCGGUCCAGUUCUUAUCUCUCAUGGCGUAUGCUCCGGUUCUUGCAUCGAACCUGACCGAGUUCAACACUGCUUCCACCGAAAUCAAGAUUCCGGGAUUGCCGCCGAUGGCCAUGUCGAGCAUCCCACCAGCACUCCUCGAUCCUAGCCAUAUUUUUGCUUCAAUAAUCGUUGCGAAUGCUCAAGCACUACCGGGGGCAGAAGGAAUCUUGAUGAACACCUUCGAAUGGUUCCACGAAUCCAUGCUCAGUGCGCUCAACAAAGACAGGGUGAUGGCAAGCUUACCGCCAAUUCUUCCCAUAGGGCCAUUAGAACCGUAUCACAUUCCGCGAGAUGGGGACCACUUCUACCGGUCAUGGCUAGAAAAUCAACCAUCUGAAUCCGUAGUGUACAUAAGCUUCGGAAACAGAACGGCAAUGUCCCAGGAUCAGGUGCGAGAGUUGGAAAAGGGGUUGGAGAAGGUCGGGUGGAGAUUCUGCUGGAACCUGAAAACCACCAAAGUAGACAAGGACGACCACGAUGACGUGGAAGACAUCCUUAGCGAUAUCUUCUUAAAGAGAACCAAGAACAAGGGAUUGAUCAUAAGAGGGUGGGCGGACCAGCAGGAGAUUUUGGCGCAUCCCGCCAUCGGAGGGUUUGUGAGCCACUGUGGGUGGAACUCGAUGAUGGAAGCAGCCUGGCAGGGUGUGCCGGUGCUCGCAUGGCCGCAACAUGGCGACCAGAAGGUGAAUGCGAAGGCCGUGGAGGAGGCGGGACUAGGGCUGUGGGAGAGGGACUGGGAUUGGGGUCUUGAUAGGAUUGUGAAAGGGGAAGAGAUCGAGAGGAAGAUUGUGGAGUUGAUGACAGAUGAGAAGCUGAGAGAGGGAGCCAGGAAGGUGAGAGAAGAGUCCAGGAAGGCUGUUGAGAGUGGUGGGAGCUCUGACAGGGUGCUUAAUAAUGUAAUUAACUCGGUAGUUGUCCCAUUUUAA